AUGAACACAACAUUGGGCAACAGAACAGGACCAACUUCACAUUCAGCAUCCUCCUACCUUGGAUACGCCUUCAUUUCAGUUAGCGUAUUGGGUUCUCUUGGAAAUAUAUUGUCAAUCUUCUCUAUAUGUCGUCAAAAGGCCUUGCUGAAAACCAACCAUUACUACCUCGUAUUACAUCUUGCAAUCUGUGAUCUGUUGAAUAUGUACCUUCCCAUUGCAUACAGCUACACAAUUUUCACAGGAAAAUUCUGGAUAACUUCGCCUACACAUUGUAAGCUGACGUUUCUUCAUGGAACAUUUUUCACAGCUGGAGUACUUUUUAUGGUUUUCAUGUCACUACUUCGUUAUCGCGUUGUUUUUUGCCCAUUACGACCUGCCGUAAGUCGUUGGAAAUUACACUUAGCUGCCGCUGCAGUAUACAUAUUUGGUGUUCUAUGUCAAAUUCCAGUCGUGUUUGUCUUGGAUUUUAUACCGCCUGAUAAAUGCUUCGAAGCAUGGCCAUCCGAAACGUUGUGCAAUACUUACACAGUCUUUCUUUCUUCAGUUCAUUUCUUUAUCCCAGUUGUGGUUCUAGGAAUGAUAUAUUGGAAAAUUAGCAGGGGACUUAUCAAACAGAGUGAAAAGAUAAAAUCCAUGAAUGCAAACAUUGCAACCGUUGGAGAGAAAACAGAACGUUGGCUGUUUCAAAGACUGGCUCAUCAUAGAAACACUCGAACCUUUGUAAUAAGUUUUCUUAUCUUUGUGUGUUUUUUGGUAGCUGGAUCUCCUCAGCAGAUAGCGUUCAUCCUUUACGUUUUUGGUGUGGUCGAUCUGAAUGGUGCCUAUUAUGAUUGGUUUAAUGUCAUGUACUUCUUUGGAGUAUCAGCAGUUAACCCAUUCAUUUAUGGAGCUUUAGAUAAAAAGUUGUUUUCGAGUUUUAAACGAUGUGGGAGAAAAAACCAAAUAGGCAUCUUAGAUAAAUAG